GGUGCCUUUAAGACCUCAGCGCGCGGCCCUGAUUGAGAAAUCCGCGCGCAGCCUCCGCCGCCGCACACUGUGGUCUCUGCUGAACCCCUGCCGCGCUGCCGGCCUCGCCAGCCCGGCCCGUACCGGCCCGCGUUCCCUUCCUCGGCUUCAACCGGCCUCCGGCCCCGCAACCUCCUCCUGGGCGAAGUCUUCUCUCUGGCCGCCCCAUGUCUGCCGCCCCCGCCUACAGCGAAGACAAGGGCGGCUCCGCUGGCCCCGGGGAGCCCGAGUACGGCCACGACCCCGCGAGCGGCGGCAUCUUCUCCUCCGACUACAAGCGGCAUGAUGACCUGAAGGAGAUGCUGGACACCAACAAGGAUUCUCUAAAGCUGGAGGCCAUGAAGAGGAUUGUGGCGAUGAUUGCCCGAGGAAAGAAUGCUUCAGACCUGUUUCCAGCGGUGGUGAAGAAUGUGGCCUGUAAGAACAUAGAGGUGAAGAAGCUUGUCUACGUGUACCUGGUACGCUACGCUGAGGAGCAGCAAGACCUGGCCCUGCUGUCCAUCUCCACCUUCCAACGUGGCCUAAAGGACCCCAACCAACUGAUUCGUGCCAGUGCCCUCCGCGUCCUCUCUAGCAUCCGUGUGCCCAUCAUAGUGCCCAUCAUGAUGCUAGCUAUCAAGGAAGCCGCCUCGGACAUGUCACCCUAUGUGCGGAAAACAGCUGCCCACGCCAUCCCUAAACUUUACAGUUUGGACUCUGACCAGAAGGAUCAGCUGAUAGAAGUCAUUGAGAAGCUUCUGGCUGACAAGACCACGCUGGUGGCGGGCAGCGUGGUGAUGGCCUUCGAGGAGGUCUGCCCGGAGCGCAUCGACCUGAUUCACAAAAACUACCGGAAACUCUGUAACCUGCUGAUCGACGUGGAGGAGUGGGGCCAGGUGGUCAUCAUCAGCAUGCUCACCCGCUACGCCCGCACGCAGUUCCUGAGCCCCACCCAAAACGUGAGUGGGCCCCGUCCCGGCAUAGCGGACGGAAGGGUGUCCCAGGGAGGCGCCCACGGGCCUGUCGGUCUCCCUGUCCAGGAAUCCCUGCUAGAGGAGAACGCGGAGAAAGCCUUCUACGGCUCAGAGGAGGACGAGGCUAAGGGCGCGGGGUCUGAGGAGACGGCCGCCGCGGCGCUCCCCGCUCGAAAGCCCUAUAUCAUGGACCCCGACCACCGGCUGCUGCUGCGCAACACCAAACCCCUGCUGCAGAGCCGCAGCGCCGCGGUGGUCAUGGCGGUGGCGCAGCUGUACUUCCACCUGGCGCCCAAGGCGGAAGUGGGCGUCAUCGCCAAGGCGCUAGUGCGCCUGCUGCGCAGCCACAGUGAGGUGCAGUACGUUGUGCUCCAGAACGUGGCCACCAUGUCCAUCAAGCGCCGGGGUAUGUUUGAGCCCUACCUGAAGAGCUUCUACAUCAGGUCCACCGACCCCACCCAGAUCAAGAUCCUGAAGCUGGAAGUGCUGACCAACCUGGCCAAUGAGACCAACAUUCCUACUGUCCUACGGGAAUUCCAGACCUAUAUUCGCAGCAUGGACAAGGACUUUGUGGCAGCCACAAUCCAGGCCAUUGGACGCUGUGCAACUAACAUUGGCCGAGUCCGUGACACCUGCCUCAAUGGCCUGGUGCAGCUGCUGUCCAACCGUGAUGAGCUUGUGGUUGCAGAGUCAGUGGUCGUCAUUAAGAAAUUGCUACAGAUGCAGCCAGCACAACAUGGAGAGAUCAUCAAACACUUGGCAAAGCUUACAGACAACAUCCAGGUGCCCAUGGCCAGAGCCAGCAUCCUGUGGCUCAUCGGAGAGUACUGUGAGCACGUCCCCAGGAUUGCACCUGAUGUCUUAAGAAAAAUGGCCAAGUCAUUCACAGCAGAGGAGGAUAUUGUCAAGCUGCAGGUCAUCAACUUAGCAGCCAAGCUCUACCUGACCAACUCUAAACAGACCAAGCUGCUGACCCAGUAUGUGCUGAGUCUGGCCAAAUAUGACCAGAACUAUGAUAUUCGUGACCGGGCACGCUUCACCCGGCAGCUCAUCGUCCCUUCCGAGCAGGGUGGGGCCCUUAGCCGCCAUGCCAAGAAGCUCUUCCUGGCACCCAAACCAGCUCCAGUCUUGGAGUCAUCCUUCAAAGACCGGGACCACUUCCAGCUGGGCUCACUGUCCCACCUGCUCAAUGCCAAGGCCACAGGCUACCAGGAGCUCCCAGAUUGGCCGGAGGAAGCCCCAGACCCAUCUGUGCGCAACGUGGAGGUACCUGAAUGGACCAAGUGCUCAAAUCGGGAGAAGAGAAAGGAGAAGGAAAAACCCUUCUACUCGGACUCUGAGGGGGAGUCAGGCCCCACGGAGUCCGCAGACAGUGACCCUGAGUCUGAGAGUGAAUCGGACAGUAAGAGCAGCAGCGAGAGCGGCUCUGGGGAGUCCAGCAGUGAGUCUGACAAUGAAGACCAGGAUGAGGAUGAGGAGAAAGGCAGAGGCAGUGAGAGUGAACAGAGUGAGGAGGAUGGUAAGAGGAAGAUGAAGAAGAAGAAGGUGCCAGAGGGAAAAGGAGAAGCGUCAUCCUCUGAUGAGGACAGCGAUUCCAGCAGUAGCACAUCAGAGUCCGAGAUGACAUCAGAGUCCGAGGAGGAGCAGUUGGAACCUGCCUCCUGGAGGAGGAAAACACCUCCCAGCAGCAAAAGGGCCCCUGCAACCAAGGAGAUCUCCCUGCUUGAUCUAGAGGACUUCACCCCUCCCAGUGUCCAGCCUGUGUCUCCCCCAGCAAUUGUGUCUACCAGUCUGGCUGCUGACCUGGAGGGCCUGACACUCACAGAUUCCACCCUGGUACCGUCGCUUCUGAGUCCAGUGUCGCGUGUUGGGCGGCAGGAGCUGCUGCACCGGGUAGCUGGCGAGGGGCUGGUUGUGGACUACACCUUCAGCCGCCAACCUUUCUCCGGGGACCCCCACAUGGUGUCUGUGCACAUCCACUUCUCCAACAGCUCUGAUACCCCCAUCAAGGGCCUGCAUGUGGGCACUCCCAAACUGCCUGCUGGCAUCAGCAUCCAAGAAUUUCCUGAAAUUGAGUCCCUGGCCCCUGGAGAAACUGCCACUGCUGUAAUGGGCAUUAAUUUCUGUGACUCAACCCAGGCAGCCAACUUCCAGCUGUGCACCCAGACCCGACAGUUCUAUGUCUCCAUUCAGCCACCUGUUGGGGAGCUGAUGGCCCCUGUGUUCAUGAGUGAAAAUGAGUUUAAGAAGGAACAGGGAAAGCUGAUGGGCAUGAAUGAGAUCACAGAGAAGCUCAUGCUGCCAGACACCUGUCGGAGUGACCACAUUGUGGUGCAGAAAGUGACUGCCACUGCCAACCUGGGUCGUGUUCCUUGUGGGACAUCUGAUGAGUACAGGUUUGCAGGGAGGACACUAACCAGUGGAAGCCUCGUUCUGCUGACUCUGGAUGCCCGGCCAGCUGGAGCUGCCCAGCUGACUGUCAACAGUGAGAAAAUGGUGAUUGGCACCAUGCUGGUAAAGGAUGUGAUACAGGCUCUGACCCAGUGACUUCCAAGUGCUGUGACCUCUUUGGCUCCUAUCUGUACCUCCCCAUGACAUUUGGGCUGUCAGUCCCUCUCACCUUUCUCUCUCUCUCAUCAUCAUCCUCAUGCCAGAUAGCAUUCAGGGUGUCCUCUCUCUCGGGAGGACCACGCCUUCCCCUAAUCCCCUCCCCAUGUGUUCCUUAGUGAUCUGUGCAGAGGGAGAUGGCAGUCACUCCCUUCAGUCCUCCCAGCUUUCUAUAGCUAUUUAUGUAACACUCUCAAUAAAAUGUCUUCUCUCUA